AUGGGGUCUCCUCGAAGUCCUCUGGUGUCUCCUGGUGCUCUCCUGGUUGUCGUGGUCGUUGUAGUGGUCGUCGUGGUGGUCCUCGUGGUCUUGGUCAUCAGGGUCGUCAUGGUGGUCGUGGUGCUCUGUCUCUAUUCGGGAUCUACCCUGGCGAAAUCAGCGUAUCUCGAAGAAAGGCAUGCCCAGCAGGAAGAGGCACCGGAGGAUGUCGAAGACGAGGAGCUCCAUGCGACACACUCGCGGCUCGUGCAGGCAUACCGAGAUGUGCAGUUCAUGCUGAAAGAUCUGGGACGAAUCGAGCAGCUUGCCCUCCAGACGGCGCAGGACCUGGACGUGAAUCCAAGCAACCUGGGAUUGCAGUCCAGCAGAACUACGGUGAAAGGAAACUCCAUGCCGACAGCUGGCAGCGUGAUGCCGAAGCUGAAGCGUUCGGUGUCCACCGACAGCAUUGGCAACGAGGACAUUCAGGGCAGUGAAGGGGCAGCGUCUCCCAUAGCAAAGGCAGGUUCCCUGAAGCAAGUUGCAAUCUCGGCAGAAGCAAAAGAAGCCUGGUCGAUGCUAUGGCUGGAGAAGCUCGAGUCUCUUGGCUUGAGCCGCUUCCUUUCCAAAAUUCAGCACCCGCUUGGCGUCCGCCACCUUCGGGAAGUAAAGGAGCUGGAAAUUGCAGACUUGGAAGAGAUUGGGCUCAGCCGUCUGGAGGUGCGGCGCCUGCAAGCCGCAGCCGACCAGGUGGGAACGUCUUCUUCCCGGCCUACGCCACCCGACGAGGUGGCACAGAGCCGCCCCUGUCCGCCGGGGGUGGCGCAGGCCGCAAAGUCGGCCGAACCGGAGCCCAAGCCGGCGCCUAGUAACAGCCGACCGGGCCGUGGUUGCCUCCGGCGGCGGUCUUCGUCGCCUUUGGCACGCCGCCGAUCGCAGUCCAGGGUGAGCUUCCGUUCUUGCAGCUCUGCGGGCGACUUCGGCCACGACUUCGAGGAGGCCUGUCGCCGUAAAAUCAUCGAAUGGCUGGACGGCUAUGCUGUGGAGGUGGCCCCGAAGGGCGUCGGCAUCCAUCACGACUGCGAUCUGGUCAUGAAGCUGCGGCACCGCGUGCCUUCGUCGAAACUCCUGCCAGACUUGUUCGAAUUCUUCAAGCGCAGCGAGCGCAUCUGCCACUGCGACACACUGGUGUUCUUCGAAAUGAAGUGCCGCGCAAGGCGCGUGGAUCAUGCAAUUGAGCAGCUCCUCAAGCGAAAAGAGCUCUUGGAGGCCCAGCGUGACGCCCCGUCUGCCCACUUCGUGGCCGUGGUCGCCUUGGCACGCAGCGACCGCUCUGCCCACGAGGCUUUGGAAACCAUUGCAGCGGAGAACUCGAAUGUUCAAAUCGUUUCAGUUGACCCAGAGCUCCUUCGGCUCACGGAGGAGACUGCAGACCACACGGCAGAAGGCGAGGAAGCAGCUGCAAAAGGCGAACACGUCAGCCGCGCUGCUGCCUGGCUGGACAACAAGGAUCAGGUGCAAGGCCAUGCGUCCACUGCUGUGCCGACGGAUUGGACAGAAUGGACAAGUGAGCCUGAACGAACUGCCGAGAAUCAUGCUUCUGAUAGUUGGGGCAACUUCCUGGGCACGCUGCAUCCCGGGACGGCAAAGCCUUCCGGCCACAAAGGCGGCAAAGGCCGUGGCAAAGGCAAAACGUUUCGCGACACUCCUGAAGUGUACUACACCCGCAAGCUUCUCUCGGAGAACCGUCACGAGAUGGGUGGCUACUUCCGUGGUGUGGUUCAGGCGUACCGCAAGGACGACGGCUUCGGAUAUGUCCGCCCCGAAGAUGUGAGUCGGCUGCCAUAUGAAGUGCAGAGCGAAGUCCACAAAAACAGGCGUCGCGGGCUCUACUUUCGCGCGACUGACCUUGCCAACGAGUACGUGCCCACGAGCAGUGAUUGGGUGAGCUUCCAGGUGUACACGGAUAAGCAUGGAGCCGGCGCAUGCAACCUUCGCCACAUUGAAUGGUGGGAGAAAGAUUUGAAG